GAGAGAGAGAGAGGGUGACCAAACGGAGGGAGGAGGGAGGGGGAAACGGCGUAUGCUUGUAUACAACCCUGAUUUCCAUUUUUUUCCCAACUCGUAAUGUAUUUAAUUCAAGUGAAACGUAAUCAUGACGUGUCGUGUCAUUAAUCUCCUCGCCGCCUCUCCCAAAAUUAAAGGAGGAGGCUGCCACAGAAGUGUGUCCCCCCUCGGCCGAGACACUGAAGAAUGGCAUAACAUCACACUCACUGCUGAAAGAGGAUGGAUUCUCCACCGGAGUGUGUGUUGUCUCUUUCUUGUGAGCAGCCCCAGUCGCCCCCAACACUGCCAUCUUUGGACCACAGUCCCCAAGCCUCCUCUCCUCACACCCAGCUCUCUCUACCCGACAGCCCGGUUGUCCUUCCGAUUCACAGCCCCGAACCUUCCCCUCAGAGCCCAGACACCACGCCUUAUUUCUCCCUCUCUCCCUUCCCCUUGCAUGAGGACAAUAAUAACAGUCACCACGAUGUGGAUGAAGAGGAUGACGAGGAAGGGAUGGAUGGAGUUCCGCCAUCACCGACCCCGGCAGUGGCUUUGUUCCCAGGAGGUGGGGGUCAAGAAGCUGGAUGCAGCCCCUGUUUGGACUCCUCUCCCCCAGACACACCAUCAGCACCAUUACUUGGUUAUGGUGCCCUGGAGCUUGCCCUCUCUUCAGGACAGAGUGGAAAUUGCAACGAUGAGCUAGACCUCCAGCUUUUUCAGAAGGAUACUGUUACCAGGGCGAUACCUGGAGGCGGAGGGGCCUCAUCAGGGCCUGCACUCAGGUUUCCCUGUCAUGUGUGUGGGAAGAGAUUCAGAUUCCAAAGCAUUCUGUCCCUUCACGCUCGAGCUCACAGUCUGGACCGAGAUCGCAGAGCUUCGGCCCUAUACCGAGCUGGACUCCCAUCAGCUCCCCUAAAGCAACACCUCAAAAUCCAGCAGAACCACAAAGACUUAAUCCCGAAUCACAGAAGCCACCCAAGUCAGCGUUUACUGCCAGGGACUCUCAUCCAACAUCUCACAGAAGAAGAGGAUGUCAAUGGUGAGGUCAAAGGUCUUGACGAUGGCCUACACACAGACCAGAACCCAAACUUUUUACUGGAUGACAGCAUACCUUUGACCCCUCCACUUACAGAGGACCCGCUGUCUGUGACCUCUCCCUACUCUUCCACCAUCGGGGAGGGUGCGUCAACUUCUAUAGCGCCUACGUUUCGCUGUCAUGCCUGCAAAGGAAAAUUCCGCACAGCUUCAGAGUUGGCGCGCCAUGUCCGCAUUCUCCACAAUCCAUAUAAAUGCACUCUUUGUCCUUUCUCUGCCAGCCAAGAAGAGAGCCUGGCAUCUCACUUGCAGGAGUGCCACCCUUCCCCUGAGCUACCUGCUUUGCCUCCAGCUUACAAUUCCAGGCCAAUCAUUGCAACCCCUGACACUCCAGUGCCCACCCCAACACAUACCCCAGCCCCAACCCCAAGUAACCCACAGAUGACAUCAGCCACUACAGUGGCUGCGUCCCCCUCACUGCCAGCAUUUCGGUGUGAUACUUGUGGACAGCGAUUUACACAGUCUUGGUUUCUGAAAGGACACAUGCGAAAACACAAGGACUCCUUGGAUCAUAAGUGCCAGGUAUGUGGCCGUGGCUUCAAGGAGCCUUGGUUUCUCAAAAACCACAUGAAAGUUCAUCUCAACAAACUCGGGCUGAAGGCUGGCCUGGGACCCCAUGGGGGACCAGCAGGUGCUGAGCAUCAGUCCAAAAACUCUGCCAGUAAUCAGUCUCUCAACGCUCUCUACUCAAGCCUCCUUCUGGCUCAGCGAGGAGGUGGAGGCAGAGGUGGGCAUGGAAGAUCAGAUAGGGAACCCGGAGGCCGAAUGGGGAUGGGCUUGAGCAAGUCAGCCAUCCUGGGUUAUCUGGGUUUGCCCAAUGAUGGCAGCGGGGCCAGCUGCAUGGAGAGGCUUCAAGCAGUUGCUCAGGUGGCAGAGAUGGGAAAUGGCAGCGGGGGUGGCAUUGGCAGCUCAGGUGGAGGGGACCCUGGAAGAGGAGGGGGAACAACUAGAGGAGGCACUGGUGAAUCUACAGCAACCAUUUCAGAAGGAGGUGAUCAGGCAACUUGGUGGCAGCUCGUGGCUCGCAGCCUGGCAGUCGCUCAGCAGCAGCAGAGACCCCAUCAACAAGGCCAGCAGCAAGGCCAGCGAAGCUCAGGUCGGAGUUCAGUGAUCACGGAGGCCGACCAAGUCAGGGCCUACCUUGGAGGCCUAGAUCCAAGAGAAGAGACUGGAGGAACAGGAGGGCCAUGGGAAUGCCCAGACUGUGGAAAGUUGUUCCGCAGUCUGCAGCAGGUGGUGGUUCACGCUCGUGUCCACACUCAGAGACCCCAAAAAGGAGGUGGCAGUGAAGAGGAGGGGACUGGUAGCCGUAGAGGUUCGGGGCUAGGAAGAGGAGGCAGCGGUGAAGUGAGACAGGAAUCUCAGAUGCACAGCGGUGGAUCCCAACAAAUGGGAGACCUGAGACAGGAAUCUAAACUGAACAGUGGUGGAUCCCAACAAGCAGCAGCAGCUACAGGGUUUCACUCUGUCAUCUCAAGCUUCAAAGGAGAAAAUGGUUUGGCGGCAGUCUCUUCUAUGCCUUCCGUUCACACCAGGGAGCGAGUGCGUGGUAGAGGGAUAAAAGACUGCCCCUACUGUGGCAAAGCCUUCCGCUCUUCACACCAUCUCAAAGUGCACCUGAGAGUUCACACAGGUGAGAGACCCUACAAAUGCCCCCACUGUGACUAUGCGGGUACUCAGUCUGGCUCGCUGAAGUACCACCUCCAGCGACAUCACAGAGAGCAACGCAACGCCUUGUCAGCUGCAUCCAAUUCCUCCUCCUCUGGUCUCACCUCCACUAUCAACAAUCUGACCUCUGGAACCUCUGGAAUAGUCAAGCAGCGCCGAUCUCAACUCAACCACUGCCCAGUCAAUCGAGGGCCAACCGACACUCCCACUUCUCGGCCCAGCCAACAGUCCUGGCUCCUGGGGCUUCCUGACCAGCGGGAGCAUCGGAAAGCCCUUGCAGCUCUAAGGGAUGUCGACUUUGAGACCCAGUACAGGUAUCUCUCUGGGGUUAUGGGGGCCCUUUACCAAGGGGGAAUGGAAGGGGGCUGGAUCAGGGAGUCUCCCCCACCAAAGGCCGCUAAAGUGUCCCGGCGUAAGCCUCUUACUACAAGCCGAAUGGUUCAACCGCCGAGUGACAAGGAAGGACCUGUGACAUCAACUCAGGAGGGUGGGUUUGAACCCCUAGACCUGUCCCGUCGCACUUCACCUGGGGUGGAAGAGGACGGAAGCAUGAGUGUAGGGGAAGGAGGAGUUGUCUGUGGCGGGGAUGGUGACGGAGAUAGUUCAACAGGGGUCAAACUGAGCCAGUGUUUGUUCUGCCCUUUCCGUACGUCAUCAGGAGAGCUGAUGGCCAUGCAUCUCCAGGUCAACCACACCAGUAAGUCCAGGCGCAAAAGAGGCUCUUCAACUCUCUUGGGUGAAGAGAAAGCCCCAAAGUCCACCAAACUGAGAAUGGACCACUCUGACAUCGACCCACUGACGAUAUGGAGUCACAUAAGUGAGGCCCAAGUCCCCACAGAUGAAUGGUCUUCAACUCAGGCCCAGACCUUUAAUGGUCUCUCUGAGCACGCAGCAGAACAUCUGGACGACACUCGUGACCACCCAGACUCCUUGGCUUCAGUAUCAAAGAAUGUAAGAGAUGGUCUUUUGCUCAAGGGGAUGGUGGAGGGGGAGAAAGAGGAACAAGAUGAGGAAUUAGAAGAGAAUUUGGAGAACAGCAGUCUGGAGGAUUCACAAGACCAUGACCUGAGGAUGUCCCUUGCUCUUUCACCAGCCCUGAGCUCUAGCCACAUGGUGGAAGAAGAGGAGAGAGUCUUAACAGAUUAAAAGAUUUUUGGAUGUUUUUAAUUUAAAUCGGAGAAUUGCGUAUAACAUUUCAGCUACACUUGUCACAGAACUGAAGAAGAGUUACAGAGAGAAAAGGCUUACAUAAAGUUUGACCCCUUCAUACCUUUCUGGACAAACUUGAGGAGUGCUGAGAACGGACCUUUCCCAGGGUUUAAAAUAGAACGACAACUGUUACGUUCCUUUACAGCAUUAUUUGUCUACUUGAGUUCUGACUGUGUGGUCCACCACAAAAUAGAGUAAAGUUCCUGUAAAAAAAAAAAAAAAAAAAAAAAAAAGAGCAUGGAGGCAUCUUUUCGGAAUUUUGUAGGCCACUUUUUCUAUUUUUUUUUUCCAAACUUAACUCUAAGAUGGGUGAUUUUUAAAAGAAACAUGUGAAAGAUCUGGGGAAGGUUCUGCAAGAUCACCCCAGAGUCGUGCAUUUAUUCCAUGGUAAUAACGAACUGUAAAUCCCAGAAUAUUAUCGGACCAAGGUGAAGCCAGCUGUGACUGACUUUUGAACAGUUUGAUACCUGAAGCUCCUCCUCGAAGCACGACACACACGGAGGAAAUCUUAUGUUUCAAGCUACAAACUUUAGCUAAGCUAUUUGGUGUUAAUUGAAGGCAUGAGGUAACAGUUGCAGGCUGUGUGCUUUCCCUCAACUCUAUAUCACUGCCUUGUUUGUCAGAAACGUGUUUCUGGACUGUCCUUAAGAAAAAUAGAAAGAAAACCUUAUGAUUUAUUUUAUUUUUUUCAGUUAGUGCCUGUUCAUGUAUGUUGUCCAGAGAGUCUCUGGUAUUCCUGCCCAUGGGGGCACUGAUAGGUCACUCAUUUUAUCUGAAUAUACAGUUUAAAACAAUUUAAGUACACUAUAUUUGUUAAAAGUGGUCCUAGGGUGUUGUGAAUAGUUAAGUUGUAAAAGAAAAGCUUCAUCAUAGCGUAAUGUCCUUGACACAGACUGUAGGUGUUUGUGGCUCAGCUUGAAGAAAAAAAAAAACAAAAUAAAGUAGGUGAUAUAAUGUGACAAAAGGUCAAAAGCUGAAUGAUAAAAAUGGGUCAAAUAUUCAGUGUUUACAAUGCUAGCGGAUGCGGGUUGGGGUUGCCAAGGCAACUCAAAGUCAUCAUAGAUGCGUGGAAGCGAACAAAACACGAAGCGGCCGUCUGUUUGAAGGCUGUCGGGGCGACGCUUGAGCUCCUGAAAAACAAUCAGCUGACACGUUGUUUUAAAGAGACUUAGCAACUGUGUCAAAAAAGAUUUUUUUUCUUUUUUUCUCCAUAGGAGAGAAGAUACAAGGUAGAAAAAGAAAGCAGUAUCGCUGCCAGGCAGGACUUAAUCUGAGAAGUGAACUGUACUCUUGGGUUCUGGUGUCUUUUAGAUGAGUAGAUUCCCUCUCUUCUUGUUUUUUUUUUAUAAGAAAAGAAAAGACAAUGGUAGGAGUAAUUAUUAAAACACUAACAAAUGCAUAGACAUCCCAGUAGAAUAUGUGUAGCUUUUGUAAAGACACGAAGAAAAAAAAAAAACACGCAGACUUUUGUUCAUUUUUUUUCAAGAUGCUUACAGAAAAAGGUUAUCAAUAUAAGUAAUAUUGAUUAUAAUGCUUGUGAGCUAAGACUAGUUGGAAUGUCUAUACAGAGCACUGUGCAAGGUUUGAGUUCCCAAAGUAGUUGUUUUUAUUUCGACUUUUAUUGAUAGACCAAACGUUUUUUCAAUGGCAGUUGUCACUUUUUCCAUUAUCAUUUUAAACGUGUAAAUGUGUGGUGUGUUCGUUAGAGUUGCCCCAUCGAUUAUCGAAGAAUCAGUCACAUGAGUGGUCAGCGUGUCGGAUAUCCAUCCCCUGCACUGGCUGUUACAGGAGGAGAGAAGAAGGAAACAGAAACACAUCUACUGCUACGAAUUAAAAAAAGAAAAAAAAGAAAAGAAAAAAGGAACAUCUCUUAUGAUGAUUUUUUCUUGUGGUUUGAAGAUGUAUUUAUGAAAUGUUUGGCAUUAAUAUCCCCUUACGCCUGUUAACAGUCGCUAUUUAUCCACAUUUUGAUGGGGUAGCCUGCGAUUGCAGCCACACUUUAAUGUGCAUUAAUGUGUUGAUGAGUUUUUAUUUUUUAAUUAGAGCACCUUAUGAGUUUUGUAGUAAAAGUCCCUAAGUGGUGUCUCUUUAACAACUACUGUCAAUGCCACCGUGCCUUCUGUUUCAAGCACUUCCUGGUGUAUUUUGUAAAACUCACCAAAAGCACUUAGCCUAUAUCGACACACUCUCUUUCUUCCUCUCUCAUUCUCAACCCUCCCUAUAUCUUCUAUCUUCAUCUGCCCAUUUUUCUAAUCUUUUUCUCGUGUUCUUACCUCUUGACCCCCCUCUCUCUAGGGAAGCUGUUUUCCUGCCAGCUUCUCUCCCGCUCUCCAGGCCUGUGAGGCCUUAAACAAGGUCACUAGGCCUCAUUAUUGCAUUCUAGCGUGGCUAGACUCUCGGAAGAAUGGACUACCUAACCUUUAGAUGUUUUUUUAAAAAAAAAUCAUUGUAGAUGAACGGUUAGCCUACAUUUUGGUCUUAAUACUAACCCUUGAUAAACCAAAGCCCAAGUCUAAGACUAAUAAUUAAUGUAUUUAAUUUCAUGCGGUGCCAAAACAUGUCCGAUGGGACACUAAAGCAUAUAAAAAUUUAAUAAUUCACCUCUUCUCUUGCUUUCCUUCACUCUCUUUUCUCAUGUGUUCUUUUUUUUUAACCAAACCUUCCUCCCUCUCUUUUUCACGCUUGCUCUCCCUCCAUGUUUGCCCCCUCGCUCUCUCUCUCUCUCUCUCUCGCUCUCUCUCUCUCUCGUCCGUAAACUGUCUAUCUCCAGCACCACUUGAAGGUGACGUGUACUAUCUGGUAUUGAGGCCUUUAUUAGAUUUUUAUUUCAGUUUGUGUGGUGUUCGUUCAAUGCCGUUGAGAUGGAAAAAUGCUCUUAUAAUGAUAAGUAUUAUUGUUUUGGCAUUAUGGUAAAAAAGAAAAAAAAAGAAAAAAACAAGAGAAACGUGUUGUUGAAUGUUGUACAGAUAGCGCUAGAGAUGUUGUGUUUUUUUAAAGAGAGCACAAACCUGAGCAGCGGCCCCCUUCAUCUCCUCCCGUCGGCAGCUGGGAAUAAAAUGGCCUGCCAAUCACUGAAGAUGUCUAAUGACAAAAAAAAACAAAAACAAAAAAAAAAAACAGCACUCUUAAAAUAAACCCUUUUGUCUGAGCAGCGUUCUCCUCAUGAGGUUCGACGUGAAAACGCAGCCUCUGACUCGAAACUCCGUUUCCAAAUUUGUUGCACAGACAGAAAAAUCCUCAUUGAAAGGCUGAAUCAGCGCUCGAGCUAAUCAUUCUGAUUCUGUUGAAGGUAUGAUUCGAGUUGGACAAACACGUGGGUGCCUUCAAUUCAACUCAUCUUAGCUAAGAAGGUCUGAAAACUGGUGGAAUGCACCAUUUCAAAAGAUGACUGUUGCCCUAGUCGACCAUCCAUUUCUUGAUCUCCUUAAACAGUGGAUGAACGCAAGAGCUCAUUUUUACGCAAAACUUUUCCAAACCCUUCCAAACCUUUUUUUGUUUAAGAGCAAUUCUGAAUGUCUAAGGUGCAUUUUACCAUUUUUUGACGGAACCUCCAUUGACUUCUAUUAAUUUAGCUGAGCUAAGAAUAACAAACGAUCUUCAGAGGCACCCUUGAGUUUGUCUGACCACUUUAGACUUCGUCACAAAACGAAUCACCUCUUCAUAUUUGCACACGUCUUUGGGAUUUGUGAUUUACAUAAUGUGAAAAUUGCACCUUAUCUUCUGAUUUUGAAUCUGAAUAUUUUUGCCGAAGUGAUACCGAAUGUGCGAUCGUCUGUGAAGGUUUUUUUGUGAACUGACAAAUCUUUCACGAGGUGAGGGCGGCCAUGCCGGGUUUGGGCUCUUGUGUAGUUGACUGCCAUUGCAGUGAGGGAAAACUGACCUAACAUAGUAGUGACUAAUAUAACUUUGUGGACAGAUAAAAAAAAAAAAUUAAAAAAUAAAAAUAAAACACAUUAGAAAUAAAUAAACACAAACAAAUUAA